ACAUUCUCAAACUCGCUUAAAAAACUAAAAACCCUUGUAUAAUCUUUAUAGUACGAGUAUUCUUCGUUUUUUCGUUUUUUGGUAAACCUUGAUCGUACGAAUGCAGAGACCAGGGUUUUCAGACACCGCCCGGCGAAAUCGGCCGUCGGAGAAGCUUCCUUAUAUGGAAGCGGGAUACUGUUAUCGUCCACGGCAGCCGUAUAAGAAUCAGUGGAAGUCUCACUUGAGCAACCGUCGUGAUCGGCCUCCUGAGCCGCCGAAAACGCAGCCGAAAUUCGUUAUACAGUUCCGGUCGAGCAGCCGGGGCCUGAAGAGAAUCGAAUUGGACGAGCUAAUCGAGAAAUUGCCGUCACCGCCGCAAAGUUCCCAUGUUUUCGAGAGGGGUUGUGUGGUAGGGACUCUGUUUUAUGAGCAGUGGAGCGAGGCUGUGGAGGUCGUGGUGGAGCUAUGGAGAAUCCGGCUCGACGGAGGGCUUCCGAUGACGCCGUCGCUGGUGGAGAACGCCGAGGUGUCGUCGAAGAAGGAGGAAUUGAAGGAUCGGGUCCGAGAGGUGUUUGUUGAGAAGCUAGAGGGUUUAAUGGAAGGGGAAGUAGUGCAAAAAUGUUGGAAGAAGUUAGAAUUUCUGGAGGCGGAAAUUGAAAAGGUCUCCAAAUUGCUUGGAAGGCCGAAACGUAUCGCUCUUGCAAAUGAACUAUUGAAUAAGAAAGAGGCGUUUAUGGCUGAGAGGGAUUUAAUAGCAAAGAGGAUAGCGGAGUUUAAGAAUGGGGUGAGUUGUAUUUUGCUUCAUUUGGAGGGGAAGUACUCCGGGGAGGAUGUUUAUGGAGACAGUAUGGCAGUGUUUACCUUUGAGACAGAAGAGUUCAAUUGGGACCACAUUCAUCAUCUGAUUAAGAGGGAAUGCCGAAGACUUGAGGAUGGCUUGCCCAUUUUCGCUUCCAGGGAAGAGAUUCUUAAGCAAAUAGAUUCUGAACAGGCUACAGUUUUGAUUGGGGAGACUGGCUCUGGAAAGAGUACACAAUUGGUUCAAUUCUUAGCUGAUUCAGGAGUUGCUGGAAAUGGUGCUGUAGUCUGCACUCAACCCCGGAAACUUGCUGCCAUCUCUUUGGCAGAUAGGGUUAAAGAGGAAAGUAUUGGCUGUUACCAAGAAAAAUCUAUUGCCUGUUACCCAUCAUAUUCAUCCAUUCAUCAGUUUGAUUCAAAGGUAAUAUUUAUGACAGAUCACUGCCUGCUGCAGCACUAUAUGAGAGAUAAAAGUUUGUGUAAGAUUUCAUGCAUUAUAAUUGAUGAAGCACAUGAAAGAAGCUUAAACACAGAUCUUCUUUUAGCAUUGCUAAGGAAUUUGCUUCAUCAGAGGCAUGAUUUAAGGCUUAUCAUUAUGUCCGCCACGGCUGAUGCAGAUCAGCUUACAAAUUACUUCUUUGGUUGUAGAACAUUUUAUGUGUCUGGCAGAACUUUUCCGGUGGACAUUAAGUAUGUACCCAGUGAAUGUGAAGGUAGUUUUGUUUCUGGUUCUGAUACGGUUCCUUCUUAUGUUUCUGAUGUUGUAAGGACUGUGACUGAUAUCCACAAAACAGAGGGAGAGGGAACAAUUCUUGCCUUCCUGACUUCUCAGAUGGAAGUAGAGUGGGCUAUUGAGACUUUUCAAAUCCCCUCUGCCAUUGCAUUACCUUUACAUGGGAAACUGUCCUAUGAAGACCAACGCCGGGUUUUCCAGAAUUUCCCUGGAAAGAGAAAGGUAAUAUUCACUACGAAUGUUGCUGAGACAUCUUUGACAAUUCCAGGUGUCAAAUAUGUUGUUGAUUCUGGGAGGGUGAAAGAAAGCAGAUUUGAACCUGGAACUGGCAUGAAUGUUCUCAAGGUUUGUCCAGUCAGCAAAAGCUCAGCAAAUCAACGAGCUGGGCGAGCUGGUAGAACUGAACCUGGAAGGUGUUAUAGAAUCUACUCUGAAAAUGAUUUUGAGAAUAUGCCUUGUCAUCCGGAACCUGAAAUUCGUAAGGUUCAUCUUGGUAUUGCUGUGCUAAGGAUACUUGCCCUGGGCAUCAAGGACGUGCAGAGUUUUGAUUUUGUUGAUGCACCUAGUCCUAAAGCAAUUGAGAUGGCUAUAAGAAAUCUGAUUCACUUAGGAGCUAUUGCAUGUGUUGAUGAUGGUUAUGAAUUAACUGCAGAUGGACAUUAUCUAGUGAAGUUGGGUAUCGAGCCUCGGUUGGGUAAGAUAAUCCUUAGUUGUUUCCAUCGCCGUUUGGGUAAAGAGGGUCUUGUUCUUGCUGCUGUUAUGGCAAAUUCAAACAGCAUUUUCUGCAGAGUUGGUACUGAAGUAGAUAAACUAAAAUCUGAUUGCCUUAAGGUUCAGUUUUCCCAUCCUGAUGGUGAUCUCUUCACUUUACUAUCUGUUUACAAGGAAUGGGAUGCUGUUUCUCAAGAAAAGAGAAAUGCCUGGUGUUGGAAUAAUAGCAUCAAUGCCAAAACCAUGAGAAGGUGCCAGGAGACUGUUGAAGAACUGGAAACCUGUCUUCAAAAUGAACUGAGUAUCGUUGUUCCAACUUACUGGCAUUGGGAUCCACAUAUGCACACUGAGCAUGAUGAAAGUUUGAAACACAUUAUUCUCUCUUCCCUUUCAGAAAAUGUGGCAAUGUUCUCUGGUUCUGAUCAACUUGGCUAUGAGGUAGCACUGGCAGGUAAGCAUGUCAAAUUGCACCCAUCGUGUUCGUUGUUGAAUUUUUGUCAACGACCCACUUGGGUAGUUUUUGGUGAUAUCCUGGCAUCAGCUAAAGAGUAUCUGGUCUGUGUUACGGCGUUUGACUUUCGCGACCUGGCCACUUUGUUUCCUCCUCCAUUGUUUGAUUUCUUAAAGAUGGAUGCUCAAAAGCUACAGAAGAAGUCUUUGACAGGGUUUGGAAGCAUGCUGCUGAAGAGAUUGUGUGGAAAAUCUAACUGUCACAUCAAUCGUUUUGUUUCGCGAAUGAGAUCUUUGUGCAUGGAUGAACGCAUUGGCAUUGAAGUGAAUGUUGAUCGGAAUGAGAUUGCAAUGUAUGCUUCUUCCAGAGACAUGGAGAGGGUUUUUGAGAAUCUGAAUGAAGCAGUGGAUUAUGAAUACAAGUUGUUGAAAAAUGAAUGUCUGGAGAAAUGUUUGUACAAUGGAGGAUCUGCUUCUUCCGUGCCUACUGCCCUUUUUGGAGCUGGUGCUGAGAUAAAACAUUUGGAGCUUGAGAAGAGAUGUUUGACAUUUGAUGUAUUUCUUUCAAAGGGAAAUUCAUUUGAUGAUAAGGAACUGUUGAUGUUUCUGGAAAGGAAUGCAGGUGACAUUUGUGUGGUCCACAGGUUCUCAGGUGUGGGACAAGAUAGUGAGGAGAUGGAGAGAUGGGGCAGGGUAACAUUUGUCACCCCCAAUGCUGCUGAGCAUGCUUCUGCACUAAACUCCGUCCCACUUAGUGGUGGGGUGGUCAAAGUAGUUCCUUCUAAGACCAUGCAUGAUGGUGAUCAAAAUAUGAUCUCAUCUCAUUUGCUCAAAGCAAAAGUGCAUUGGCCUCGCAGAUUCAGUAAAGGGGUAGCUAUUGUGAAAUGUCAUCCAAAGGACAUUACUUUUAUGGUUGAUGUCUUCUCUAGUGUUGUAAUAGGAGGAAGCAUUGUUCGAUGUGAACGAAGCAUCAAAUGUUCUGACAACAUAGUGAUUAAGGGACUUGAUAGAGAGCUUUCUGAAGCUGAGAUUUUUGAGAUGUUAACUGCAAUGACAGACAGAAAAAUUUUGGAUUUGUUCCUACUCAGAGGAAAUGCUGUAGAAGGUCCUCCAUUAGUUGCUUGUGAAGAAGCACUUCGAAGAGAAAUAUCUUCCUUCAUGCCUAAAAGGAACCCUUAUGGUAACUCUACUCGUGUCCAGGUCUUCCCUCCUGAACCAAAGGAUACAUUCAUGAAAGCAGCUAUAGCAUUCGAUGGAAGUCUAUAUCUAGAAGCUGCAAGGGCUCUGGAGGAAAUGAAUGGGAAAGUAUUGCCUGGAUGUCUUCCAUGGCAGAAGAUACAAUGCCAGCACUUGUUUUCUAGUUCUGUGUCCUGUCCUGCAGCAGUAUAUCAUGUCAUUAAGACUCAGCUGGAUACACUACUUGCAAGCUUCCGUCAUAGAAAGGGUGUUGAGUGCAAUCUUCUUAGGAAUGAGAAUGGUUCCUAUAGAGUUACCAUAUGUGCUGGCGCCACGAAAAUUGUGACAGAAGUGAGAAAGCCAUUGGAGCAGCUUAUGAAAGGGAAAAUAAUAGACCAUGAUGGCAUUACUCCAACAGUUCUGCAACAUUUAUUUUCUCGGGAAGGGAUCUCUCUUAUGAGGUCAAUUCAGCAGGAGACAGGAACCUAUAUUCUUUUUGACAGGCAUACCCAUACUCUGAGAAUCUUUGGCUGUUCAAACAAGAUUGAUAUGGCAGAGAAGAAAUUUGUGGAUUUGCUUCUGUCACUUCAUGAAAACAAGCAACUUGAAGUCCAUCUUCGUGGAGAAGCUUUGCCCCCAAAUCUGAUGAAGAGUGUGGUUCAGAGGUUUGGAGCAGACCUUAAUGGGAUCAAGCAAAUGUUUCCCGAUGGUAACUUCUCUCUAAAUGUCAGACACCAUUGUAUCUCUAUCAGCGGUCCCAAAGAAGUGAAGCAAAAAGUUGAAGACGUAAUUUAUGAGAUGGCUCAAACAAGUAGUCCGCAGAAUCAAAGAAAUGAUGAUGAAGCUGACUGCCCAAUUUGCUUGUGUGAAGUGGAGGAGAGUUUCAAGCUAGAGAACUGUUUCCAUGUCUUCUGCCGAUCAUGCUUGGUGGAGCAGUGCGAGUCCGCCAUCAGAAGCCGAGAAGGUUUCCCCAUGUGCUGUAUGCAUAAAGGUUGCAAGGCUCCAAUCCUCGUUGCCGACUUGAAGUCUCUGUUAUCAAUCGAAAAACUGGAGGAGCUUUUCCGGGCAUCAUUAGGGGCUUUCGUGGCAGCAAGCGGAGGUUCUUACAGGUUUUGCCCAUCGCCCGAUUGCCCUUCAGUUUAUCGCGCUGCUGACCCCUCAGCCACCACCGGGGAACCAUUCAUCUGCGGAGCAUGUUAUGCAGAAACAUGCACGAGCUGCCACCUCGAGCAUCAUCCGUUCAUUUCAUGUGCCAGGUACCGCGAGAUUAAAGACGACCCGGACUACAACUCUCUGAAAGCAUGGAAAAAGGGGAAAGAGAACGUGAAGAACUGCCCCGUGUGCUCGUUCACAAUCGAGAAGGUGGAUGGCUGCAACCACAUCGAGUGCAAGUGUGGGAAACAUGUUUGCUGGGUUUGUUUGGAGUUCUUUGCUACAAGUGAUGAUUGCUAUAAUCAUUUGAGGUCUGUACAUUCCACCAUUAUAUGACAUGCUUCUCCAAUUUCAACUGCAUUUCUGUUUCAUGAAUAUUUUUUCUGUUGUCUCUACAUACUGAGUACUUGUGUACAUAUGCAUGUUUAGGGCAUAAUGUUUGACAGUUUGUGGACCCCGGAAUCGGAAUGUUAGGAAUAUGAUAAUUUACUUCACCCCUUCA